AUGAACUCUUCUACCACCCUCACAACAUUCACCCUCUUCCGUGAACUCCCAUUCGAGCUUCGCCUCAAGAUAUGGCAUUGUAUCGCUCAAGGACCACGAACUGUCACUAUCACAUACGGAAGCCAAGCUACCCGACACAAGGGAAAGACUAUCAGCAGAUUCGAUGGUUGGGGUACCCCGGAACCAGCUCCCAUCAUCCUUCAUAUCUGCCAUGAGUCCCGAGUUGAAGGCCUCAAGUCUUAUCAACUCGCUUUCGGAUCUCAUUUCCAUGCAGCAAAGAUAUAUUUCAACUUCUCGGUAGACAUUCUACGCUUCGGUAAUGGCCAUGAAGCCGAAUACCUUGCCAGAGAUGCCGAAUGGAUCAAGGCUGGACCCGCUCCAUACCGCCUAGACUUGUUCCUAGCUGGUGGGUAUUACGGAGGAGACGACUCUGAGAAAGUCAAGUACAUGGUCCUGGACCUGGAUGAGGAAGUGUAUGGUAGAAAGUAUUUGUUUUGGAGUGAGAUCAAAGACCUCACUGCUUUGCAAGAAUUGACUGUUCUGGCUUGGGAGGAAAACGAUGAAGCUGCAAAUGUUCUCAUGACGAAUUACGCCACAACGCUUACCCAUGACCUCAAACAGUCACCAGACUGGGUUGCUCCAAAAACUAUUGUGCGGUCAGCCAUCACAGGGAAAGAAUGGGGGACUCUUGAGGUUGAAAAUGGAGAAGUGAAGAUGUCUCGCUCGACCGCCAUUGUAGCUGUCUGA